AUGAAUGAGAAUGCUUUAGAUAAAUCUAAAACACCAUGUUGUAUUUUGGAGGAAGAUCUCGAAAAUGAAAUCAUAAGAAAGAAUGGAUUUCAAAAGCCAUUUGUCGCCUUACAAAUCCUAAUUUGGAUUUUGUUUGGCACAAAUAUUUUGGUAUAUUUUGCAUUUAUUAUUCCCUCAUUACCAUUAUUGUUUGCUAUUGUUAUCGGGAUUAUUUGUGCAAUUCUUUGCUCAGUUGUUUUUGCGUUAGGAUGGAAAGUAACAGCUAUUGAUCCUGGUUAUUCUGAAGAAGACUCUAUAUUUAACUCAUCGAAUUUUAACUGCAGUGAAUGCAAGAUUUGUCAUUCAUUUUUUGAGGAAAAUAGUAAACAUUGCAAACUUUGUAAUAAAUGUAUACCACGCUAUGACCAUCAUUGUAAAUGGUUAAAUACCUGUAUUGGAGAAAAAAACUAUCGAUAUUUCUUUUUGCUGCUGUUUUUUGUAACUUUGUUGCUCAUUAUGAUUAUUACAGUAACCAUAUCUUCAAUAUUAAUGGAAACUGUAAAUAAUAACACCUACAUUUACUGGAAUUUAAGGCUUUAUUUCUGGUCGCCAAUAACGUUUUAUACAAUAGGGGUAUUAAUAUUGGCUAUUGAUAUUCCGUUGUUAAUUUUGAAUGCGCACCUUUUCGUAUUACACUGUUAUUUAGUUUUCAGAGGAGUUACGACUUACGAAUAUCUUACGAAGAUUGUUAUAGAUGAAGACGAGAAUAGUAAUAAUAAAUCACGAAUUUGUUGUUAUAACACAGAUAACUUUUGCCGACAAAUUGUAUCGUCCGUAGAUUGGAUAGUUGCAGACCGGAAAAAAAUAGCUGCAAAAAAGAAAAAGAUAAAAGAAGAAAAAGAAAAGAUGAACAAAAAAAAAUCCAAUGAUAAUGGUGAUGUCGCAAAUUCCAUGGAUUUGGAAUUAUCAAAUAUUAGGCAAUUAGAUUACGAAGAGCAAUCAAUUUCUCCAGCAAAAGGAUCUUUCCUGACAAACUAA